CCCAGAAUGCGGUCAAUUGCUCCAGUUACUCCAAUGGCUCGAUUGGUUUUAACGGCUCACUGGUCACUUCCAGUGCUAAUUCGAUAGUCCUGGGUCUCGACUGGGUUAACGAGGACUUACCUGACUGGUCUCACUACUUCGUACGCACUACGCACUACGCAACAACAACCCAGCAAUUCCAGUACCCAGUACCCAGUAGCCCAGUACGCACCACACUACGCACUCUUUACCGCAACCGCAACCCCGAUCAACUUUUGCCGCUACCACCGUAUUCGCCGCAGCGGAUGUGCCCAUGUGAGGCGUGAGCGUGAGGCGGAAAGUGUGUGUGUGUAAUCAUAGAAACACCUCCAGGGCUCUUUUUUAGCUAACAAUCAACCACUUUACCACAUCACAUAUCAUACUUACCUUACAUAUUACAUACAUACCAUCUACGCACAUGCCAAUUUUUCACUAUACCCCGAAAAUCUUCUUCAAAUUUGCUCUUAAUCCCCUCUAGCUUGCAUUCGCUGAACUUCCUUUUCGCUGUUCCUGCUGCUCUGUAUCCGAGUUCGUAUUCCGCAUUCCGCAAUUCACGUAACGUAUUGAGCCUCGCGGAAUCGCAUCCCUAGACUCGAAUUCGCUUCGUCGUCCAAAUACCUCCAACUCCCUCCUUUACACAUAAUCCGACUACAUGAAGACAUGGCGCAUCAACAAAUCGCUCGCCCGCGAUGACCUCUAGGCCCCCCAUGGCCGUCCCUCAGCGGCAGCCUCAGAGAACUUUAAGCGGCUCGGGGUUGUCGCAAUCCCCUACCCACCAACGCACCCUCUCACAACAAUACCUUCCCCAAUCCCCUAUACGAAAGUCGGACACCUUUAGCGAGCAGGCUUCCGACCUAGGCGAUGUUGCACAGAGUCGGUAUAAUACCCUUCCCAGAAGGGGAGGGUCGAGGCUCAAGCUUGAGCUUGCCAAUGAUGGCAUCGAACAUCCCGGCUUCAGCGAAUCCCCGCAGAACCUCGAUGCUUUAUCCGCCGGAAAAGUAUUCACUCCGUCGCGAGUGAUGUCCAUGAACGAUCUUUCCGAUGCCGGUGAUUUGACUCCGCGUACGUCGAGAUGUCAGACUGCCGACGAUGACUCAGUUCCAUUGCCAUUGCCUCCUCAUCGAACCCGGCUCGUGGUGCUCGCUAAGCGCCCUGAACCCUCGAAUACGAUGACAAACACGCCUCCAAAAAAGGAUGCUCGUCCGAAACCGUUUGUGCUCGAGACGCCAUCGAUCGCUCCUCGCUACCCGAAUUUCGGCAAGCCAGAGCCCGCCGGUAAAACAAGAACCAAGGAUACCGCUCGUGCGUCUACUGACCUAUGCGUAGGAUUCGCUGAUUUCUACCCCUGGAACGGACAACAUCCCGAAGAUCAGUUUACGGAUAGCAUCAUUAGGCAUGGCUUCUUUGACAAGGCGCCGGCGCAGUCCACACAGGAACCCGCAUCCGCUAAGGCCCCGUUGUUUCCCGCCAUGAAACAUAAGAACGGUCUUAACACAUUAUCAUCGUUAUUUACUGGCAUAUUGAAUCAAAGGCGACAUAGUGGACAGAUCACAUCGGCUUCUACCUUUAAACCCCCGCCUCGUGUAACCCUUACCGACACGAAACGAGAGAUUUGGCUUAAAGACCUUGCUAAUCCCGCCAUAUCCCUCAGACGUCUUAGUCGAACCAUACCUCACGGCAUUCGCGGAAAGGUCUUACUUGAGCAAUGUCUGAAUAAGAAUGUUCCUACUGACCGUGCUGUUUGGCUUGCUAAGUGUGUCGGUGCGAACGAAAUUCGCGCCUUCAAGAGAAAAGGAGUCAAUGGCACCUUCGUGAUGGGCGGAGAGGCCAAGUGGAUUAGGGAUUGGACCGUAUUUGUCGAACAAUUCGUCGAAUCUGUCACUAAUGCGUUUAGUGAGAAUGAUUGGAAGACGAAGGUUACAUAUGCCAUUCGCCUCGCCACACACCUUUACGCCGAACAUCUUCUCGAUCGCGACCAUUACAUGGACUGGUUGGUUUCUGGCUUGGAGAAUAGCAACCAAGCUAAAUUGCCCAUGUGGCUUUUAAUAAUCCAGAUAUACUGGAAAGAUAUCCUCAAACUACGGAGACAUGGGCGAAGAUUGGUUAACGCUAUUCUCUCCCAUCAUUUCUCUAUACAUUACCACCCCGAUCGCGACAUAUUACUCCCUCUUGCCACACGCUUACACACUCUAGUAGAGUCUCUGCUUCUUACCAGUCCCGAAAACUUCAUAUGCCCCGCAACAUGGUUGAAAUUUCGCGACUCCUUAGCCGAUACCCCCAGUGCGAAUAAUAACGAAUCUAGGUCAAAAAUGCUUAAAGCCAUCGACCUGCGUAAUGACUAUUUAACGAGCUCCAAUGCCAAAUCACAACCUGCUCUCCGAAGCAUCGUAGUGCAGCUACUCGACAGCAUACAUCGAACGCCCCUUGACGAUGCGAUCCCUAAGCAGCUUUGGAAAACGAGCGAAAACAAGUUGUCCAUAGUGAGGACUAUCUUGGAAUGGUGUACUACGCUGUAUCGACCUGGGAUUGCUAAGGUGUACAUUGCCGCGACGCUCCUUCGUUCGUCCACAGACUUCGAUAUCGACGUCACUAGAGCCGUUCUAGAAUUUUUAGACACCGACCCACUACAAGAAAACGCUCGAAAGCAUCUCGUCUAUCAUGUCGUAUCAGAGCUUACUCGUUCUGGUCACUUCUUGGUUCCGCAGUAUAUCCAAUGGCUCAUAGCUCGUGGUGGCCUCAUGAAUGCCAGCCAAACGGCGCCCGAUGGGCCUUGCGUUUUUAGACUUCUCGUCGAGAUUCCCGUCCAUUCGUUAAACGAGUCCAUGAGAAACCUGAGGGCGACCCUGCUACGAAGGGCAUGUUUUUCGGUAGAAGACGAGGCCCAGGAUAUUGCAAUGGCAAUAAGUUGCGUCAAGGGCACGCUUUCUAUUCCCCUAGACCCUACCGAUAUCCCGUUACAAAGAAAGCCGAUGAGCCUAAAGAAGCUAUCGAAGCUAAUUGAACUAAGCAGCCGUUCUCUUAAAGCAACUAUCUCCUCGUGGCUCUGCAACGACUUCGUUGGCAGCUUUGCUCAAAAUUUGCAAUCGGGAAAAGGGGGCAUGGAACUGCCCAAAUCCAUGUUUGAGACGGUUCGAACACUGCUCGAAGCCGCGGAGGACUAUAGUAUGCUGGAAAACGUUUUGAAGCUAGCUGCACCAUGUUCUAAUGCUGAACUUCUCGCAUGUUGCACUGACACCAUCAACCUUCAUCUGCCGGUAUUUACAGCAACCGGAACAGCCAAGCCGCUCUUCCAGAUUCUUUACGAUCGAUUAAAGGUUACCUUGGAACAGCAAGGCGUGGGCGCCCGGCCAUUACUUGCUUCUCUUGCUAACCUGGCGCCCCGUUUGACUGGCUUGGAGGACGUGUCGGCGCAAUUACACAAUGACUUGGUUCGAUUGGACCGUAGUAGCGCCGCCGACGCCUCAUCUCCACUAUCUGAUAAUAUGGCUACACAGCUCCAAGAUGUCGAGACAGAAUUAAGCGAGCAGAUAGAGAAGCUCGCCACUUACUCGAGCGCCGAUAAACGGACGAUGGAACAUCUCUUCUAUGCCAUCGCGAAAAGGUUACAGGCUUACUGGGGUAAAAAGGACGAGCGCCAACGGCUAUGCUGCAUCCUUCUUAUGAGACUGCGCGUGUUCGAUAUUCACCACUUUAAGGAACUUAUGAGGGAUUGGGUCCAGCAUAUCCGCAGGUUGCCUAACCGGCGACCUAUCGCCGAGCUCUUCCCGCCUCUUUUCAGUUCGGGUUGUCUGUCUCUUCCCAUCCUGUUCUCAACCGCUACGAGACCUCGUAGUCAAACCACCCAACUUCCAAGAGCCGCCGGGUUUGCUUCUGUUUACAUGCAGGAAAUAUUGCAGAUGUUGAUGACGCCAUUUAGCCCGAGCCCGAUUAUGACUUCUGAAGACUGUUAUCGCUUUCGUAUUAUCCAGGAUCACGCUCGGCGCGACCAUGCGAAGGAGUUAAUGCCCUUAAUCCGCGAUGCAUUGGCGGAAUAUUCGGAAUCCCGCAAUCAGCAAGCAAUGAUCGAACAACCGCUCGAGGAUGAACAAACUAAGGAUCGACUCCUCGAGCUCUUCCGAGAUUUAGUCCUUGUUGACCCGAGCGCUGCCAGUCGAGUGGUUUCACUAAAAAGUCCCGAGCCGAAAUUAGCUGCGCUUAUUGAAAGGUGGACGACGAAGCUUUUAGUUCCCAAUGGAGGCGGUGGGCAGAAGUCAUUCGAACAGGUUUUGGAGCUGGCAAAUGAAUUCACCUUGCCAUUCUGUCAAGUUAAGCUUUCAUUAAACCUUGCCCUCGACGAGUCCAGUCUAGAAGCGUCCGAGAGAGUCCACUCCCAGUUUGAGUUGCUGUCAAAAGCCCUUGAUAACGCCAUUGACGCCAACAAUAUCAUGUGGACAGGCAUGCUGCCUUCUCUGGCCCCUGAUAUUACCCAGCACAUGAGAAAUCGGGCGGAGUCACGUUUUCUCGAUAUUAUUCCAUCGCUCAAGAACCCCCCUGAUGAGAGCUCAUGCUAUAAGGGUAUUCACAUGGCGGAGAAUCUAUUAACUGUGAUCGACUCAAUUUUCCGCGGAGGGUCAGGGUCAAAGGUGUCUCCGCUUUCGAGCGCCUUGGUAGACAAGCUUGCCGAUUUAUGGGACAUCCUAGCCUCGCGGGCCAAUGAAUACACCUCAAUGAGAAAUGCCGUGCUCUCUCAUUGGCUUCCCCUUCUCUUCUCCUACCUAACCCUUUACACUUCGCCAUCCGCAAGCGCAAUAGAUGCGUCAAAACUACCGUUGCUGGGAGGCGAAAUCCGCGGUCGCGCUUUAAUCGUCCUUGCCGGUCUUAUCCAAGAACUCGACAACUAUCCGUCCUCAAACCUCGGGCAACAGGCUUUCGAUAUCUCUCUCGCACUCGUUGAUAGUUUAUCUGAGGAGUCGCGCUUAUUAUGUGUGCGUGCGGUGAAAGAUGUCACGGCCGACCCGAGACUUAAAUACCUAUUUAGCUUCGCACCGAACCCAGCGGAGGAUUUCAUGCUAUCGCACCGCGAUAAGCCACCAUCGGGGAUCCAAGAGAGGAGGGCGAUGGCGAUGGGUAUGAGCAUGAUACCCGAAAGGUUGACGCCUUUUGUCUUCAGGAGGUGGGAAAUCCUCAACGAACCCACCCCGAAUGUGGGCGAGAACGAUACGAGCUUGAGCUUGACGCUAUUCGACGCCCGGAAGAUCAAGUAGUGUAUCCCGAGAGGAUUCUCAUACACUUCCCUAUUUCUAAUAUCCCCCGGCAUGUAUCGAUAGGAGGGGGGCUCGAAGCUAGGUAUCUAAUCGACCGACCCAACGAGAAUAUCAACUGUACGACUUCAACAUCUGGGAUUGGAGUUUCUAAUUUUAUAUAUAUCUAUCCAUCACUCGGUGCAUACGGCCUUCGCUCAAAGAAAGCGGAGAGGCCAUAGUGUCAACAUCACGUCUUUUUAAGGUCUCCUUUACUAUCUUACUCAUCAUUAUCAUCAUACCAUCCUUGGGGCACUCUCACGGCAUUAACGACAUGACGCACGCAUCUGCUGAGCUUUGGGGUUCUUGCUUUUGUCUCGGAGCGCGUGGUAGAACUCGCGCGCGCGCGCAUCUUACUACUUUUGCUGAUACCUGGGGCGGGAAACGACGCAUAUUUUUUUUGUUCUUGUUUUUGCUUGAUUGUCUGUGUUCGUCUUUUUUUGUGCGCGUAUUGUGUGUGUGUGUGCUUUUGGGAGACGGGGUUAUGGGGUCUGGGGCUCGGGUCCGGGUUUGGCGGUUGGUUCUUUCGAUUUGCGAUUGGGCUUUUGUUUUUGUGUGUGAUGGGCGGGCGAUGUGUAUAGAAGGAAGGUGGAGGAGGGUUGUGU